CGGUUCUCUUAUUAGUCGCUAGAACUACCCCGAUACCCACUCCAGCAAAGCAUAGAGACAUUGCAGUCAGAUUGGGCGUCUGUUACCCCUCCUUUGCCGGAAGAAAAAGCAUAACAAAUCAUUAAAAAGCAUGGAAAUUUGUUUUAAAAAUAAGAGGGCCCUUGUUACCGGUGCCGGAAAAGGAAUCGGUAGAGGAAUUGCAGUGGCACUAGCGAAGUGUGGAGCAUCGGUGACUGCUCUAACUAGGUCACAGGCCGAUUUGGACACAUUGAAGCAAGAGGUGCCUGGGAUUGAGACGAUAUGUUUGGAUGUGCACGACUGGGAUAAGACCAAUGAAGUACUAUCACCCUUACCUCCUUUUGACCUCCUUGUUAACAGUGCUGGCGUCUCCAGUGGAGAGUCCUGCCUAGAGGUCUCGGCAGAGGCCUAUGACAAUGUUAUGAUGAUAAAUCAUCGAGCGAUUCUUCAAAUCACAAAGAUUGUGGCAAAAGGAAUGAUCGCAAAAGGCGAAGGUGGUUCUAUAGUGAAUCUUUCUAGCAUUGCCAGUCUACAGGGACUCACCAACCAUGCCGUAUAUGCAUCAUCCAAAGGGGCUUUGGAUUCAUACACAAAGGUUGCUGCCUUAGAACUGGCAAAACACAAGAUUCGAGUGAACUGUGUGAACCCUACCGUUGUACUGACUCCCAUGGCCAGGAAGUUCUGGGCCCAAGGUGAGAUGAGGGAUGCAAUGAUCAACAGGAUACCACUGGGCAGGUUCCUAGAAAUUGAGGAUGUUGUUAAUCCAGUUAUCUUUCUGCUCAGCGACAUGAGUGCAAUGAUAAAUGGUAUCACAAUGCCUAUUGAUGGAGGUGCUUCAGCAGCCUUAGUCUAGGGUAGGGCUUAACUCUUUGAAUGCCAGACUAAAUUCUAUUCCAUUUUGAUGUGUGUGAAUUAGGUGCAAAUACCAUCAAUGGCACUGUAGGGCUUACAGGGGAAGUCAACCUGAUAUUAAGUAGGUUUUGAUAAAAGCAGAACAAUGAGAGAAACAAUUUAGUGAAAGUUGAAGCAAUUUCCAAUUAAAAAUAGGAAAGUUAUGAAUUUUUGAAGUUGUCAUCAGUGAAACACAAAUUGGCUACAGUGUGAUGUAUCAUGCGAGCUCCUCCCCAAUUUUCUCUGUACAGAAAAUUUCAUUAGUUCUCAUUUUCUUAGUUUUUGAUGACGGAAAAGAUUUGUUUCAUAC